CAUGCACAAAGUUCAAAUGUUUAAAGGUUUCUAACAAAGAAAUCGAAUUGUUCUCAUUGUUAAUCACAAAAUUAUUCAAAUGUCUAAGGGGUCGACAAUGAAGGUUGCUUUAAACUAAUCGUCCAUAUGAAUAGGUGAACUAAUGAACGCGUGAUAUCAAAAUGUAACAUAAUCGUACAGAGAAAAUAUACAUGCUCCAGGAAGCUCUCGUGUAAGUUUUCUCCAAAGAAUUUUAGCUCAUUCUCAAAUACAUUGUUUGAUUAGAAAACAGGGCCCAUAAAUUGUGUUUGUUAAAAGCAUUGGAAGCCUCAUGAACGUACAAGUCACUUAGGAGUUAGGAGAUAUGUUUUCAGUAAAAGCAUCUUGAUUAUGAUUCUAUGAACUCCGAUAUUGCUAGGGUUACAACUAAAAGACGUGCUCUAAUAAGAUAUCAACCACCUAUAAGGCUAUAAGUAACAUAUUACAGUUUCAUAUGAAAAAUGAAGAAAAAAAUUAAAAAAUAAUACAGGGUAAUAUCUUUUUUGUUAUCAUCAAUUUAAGGCAAAUUUGCCAAAAACAACCUUUUAUAAUCUUUUUUUUUUGCAAAAAACAACAUUUUAUAAAAAAAAUUGCGAAAACAAACCUUUAACUAAUUUUUUUUUGCAAAAGACAACCUAAUUGGUAUUUCAGGAGUCGACCCACCAUUAUCCGGCUUGACUUCUCACGUGACGGUCACGUGCGUUCGUUUUUCAUUAACUACACCCUUUUCCCUCCCUUUUGUCUCCCGUAUAAAAGGGAAUUCCUUAAAACCUAAAAAAAAAAAAACUGAGAAACCUAUGAGUUCUCUGGCGCCAUUAAACCAAGAUGAAGAUUUCUCCCAAAUCGAAAGCGCCGCCUUUAGCCACCACAUUGUAUCACUUUUUCCCAAUGACACCGCCAAAGCCACUUCCUUGAUUCACUCUCACCCCCAAAUCUCUCUCCGUUGACCCACCUCCAUCUGCUAUAGAAGUCAUCAACUCUUGGGAACUCAUGGAUGGUCUUGACUCUACAAUCCCUGAUAGUAGCAGCAAUCACAACAAUAAUGACGGAAGUUUUCGAUUUUCUCUGCCUUCAUCAAACUCAAAACCUUUUACUUUUGCCGGUACCCCUAAUUUCUUCUCUGAUAAACUCAAAGAAAAUUUGAACCCGAAUACCCUUGUUCGGAGGCCCCCGAAACUGUUUCCUGGCAAAAAUUAAUGAAUUAGGGGGGGAAACCCCUAACUUUCCUACAUUAAAAUUAAGCAAAAUUAAUGAACAAAACUUACCAAAAAUUAGUGGUAGAGUGUCGAAAAUCACUUAGUAUAGCAGCAAUCUACCAAUUUUAUGCAAAUGAUAAAGCAGGAAGAGAGGAAAAAAAAAUUGGUUGGGGAAGAACAUAGAAGCCAAUUUUGGGGGUUUUAUUUUGGCAAAAAAUUUGGCUCCAAAUGGGUUUUAAGUGAGAAAAAGGGAGGGAAAGUAGGUGCAAUAAGUAAAACCGGCCAAAUCAAACCGGAAAAAUGAAGGUCAAGCCUGAAAAUACCAAAAGGCUGUCUCUCGCAAAUCAUUUUUACUUUUAGGUAUGUUUUCACAAAAAAAUUAUAAAAGGUUGUUUUAGCAAAAAAAAAGGAUUAUAAAAGAUUGUUUUUAGCAAAUUUGCCUCAAUUUAAUUAUCAUUAUAUGCAUUGCAUAUUUUGCACGGGAGUUAUUUUACGUAAGUUAGUCUAUAAUGUCUUAUUCUCAAAAUAAUAAUACUCUAGUCUAUCGUAUCAUAAACAAUAAUAAGAACGUCAUUUUCUCAACUUUUCAACAUAUCAAAAACCUCAUCCUAACAGGAUUAAAAAUUCCCUCUUAAAAUAGUUUUAAAAACUUCCAUAAUAGCACACACAACUUUGACAUGUAGCUUGGAUCAAGUGAUAAUUAAUAUGACAAAAUGAUUACAAUGUUGACAGUAUACAAGGGUCAAAAUUUUAUUAACUUGACUCGGGUCAUAUAUGUGAUCCAAUGUCAAGUUAAUUGAAAUGGGAUGUGGGGCCAAAUUUUUGCGCAAUUUGCAUGAGUCUAGGCAAUUGUUGCUUCCUGUUUGCAUACAGAGUAUUAUCCUGGACUAAUAUUGGCUAAUAUCAUUUUGUACUAUUGCAUGCAACACAUUUUUUUUUUUUUGGGUUCACGUGGUGCUGCCAUGCAUGCAACGCAUAUUUUUUUUUGUAGAAAAUUUUACAUGAUAUAUAAUUUUACUUCAUUGUGCUAUAUAUGUAUGUUUAAGAUUGUACGUUACAUUUUUAUUUAUUUAUAUGUAUGUUAAUUUAAUUUCACAUUUUUUGUUUGUUAAAAUUAAUAAUUGUGUUUGAAGGUGAAUUUAAAGUGUAGUAUAUGUAAAAGUAAAAAAGUAGGUAAGAGAAAUUAAUGAUCUUGAGUCAAGAUUGUAGAAGAAAAUAGAGAGAUUUAAGUAAAAGAUAUGUCAAGUUAGUGGAAGAUAAGGUGGUAGAAGGAGAAGGAUGAGAGAGAAUUUAUUUUUCACUUGACCUUUAUUGAAGAAUGCACAUGGUCUAAUGUUAGCAAUCUUGUCAAGAAAACUACAUGAAGUCACCGAUGUCCAAAAAAAAAAAAAACUACAUGAAGUCUUAUUUUUCCACAAAGUAUAAUAUGUUGUGCAUUAGCAAAAUUACAUUAUAGUUUGAUUAAAAUGUGAUUGUUUUAUAUUUUUGAAUUAAACAUGAUGUCAAAGUUAUUUUGCCUUAAUUAGGAUAAAAUAGAAAGCCAACGGUUAAUAUCCCUCAAUUCUCUCUUCCGUUCCAACUCUAUUGCUCCUCCACCCAUCUCUUUCUCUCUAAUUGUCUCUAAACAUCUCUCUUUGUCAUUUUUGGUUUCUCUCUUUUCCAUUCAACCACACCAUUCUUUCAAAGUUGGUCGAAAACUCGAUUUUUCAUUAACUGCUAGCAAUUAAUUAAUUAGAAGAUGAUGUUGGGGGGAUUCAUAAGCGCCAAAUGAGUAAAAUUAUUGGUAAGUGUGAUGGGUGGAGAUCAUCAUAGUAGGAAGUUAUUAAUUAGUUUCAAUGGGGAGGGCAGCAUUUGCAAUGCUAAUGCAGGAUGAGAGUAAUAAUGAUAUGAUUUUAGAAGCAGCAGCAGCAACAACAACAACAACAAGACCGACAACAACAACAACAACAACAAGACCAACACCAACAAGACCAACACCAACACCAACAACAACAACAACAAGACCAACAACAACAACAACAACAACAACAACAACAACAACAACAACAACAACAACAAGACCAACAACAACAACAACAACAACAACAACAACAAGAACAAGGAGAAUGGUUUUAGAAGCACAAAACAAAGCAUUUACAGAAGAUGAUGCAUUUAGCAUAGGUAAUGGAUACAUAUGUCAUCCUUUGGGACGAACUGGAUCUCGGGGCAUAUUCUUUGGGGAUGAUCCGUUCCGUUUCAGCAUACCGGGUUUGCUAUUCCAGCUCUCCCUCAUCUCCAUUUGUACGCGUGUUGCUUAUUUCCUUCUCAGGCCUUUUGGCCAGCCUUCCAUUGUUUGCCAAAUCUUGGGCGGCGUGGUUCUAGGUCCUUCAGUCCUGGGACAUAACAGGAAAUUUCUAGCAGCAAUAUUCCCAGCGAGAAGCAGAGUUCUUUUAGAAAACUUAUCUGUUUUUAGCCUGAUGCUAUUUAUAUUUCUGCUUGGAGUAAAGAUGAAUCUAAAUUUGGCAUUGAAUUCGGGGAAGAAGCCGAUAGCCAUAGGAAUACUAGGGUUUGUAAUUCCUUAUGUGUUGUCUAGUUUGGUUGCCGUGUUUUUGCAACAUAUUGGUUCAUUGGACAAUGACAUGUUGACAAUACUUCCCUUUGUUGUUGAGACUCAGUCUAUGUCAGCCUUCCCUGUUAUUGCUUGUUUCCUUGCUGAUCUUAAGAUCCUAAACUCGGAAAUAGGGCGUUUAGCCUCUUCUUCUUCAGUAGUCUCAGAUGUUUUACAAUGGUCUUUAGUAACAGUUAGGUUCGCGUUUAGGAUAGCUAAAGUAAAAUCAUUCUCAUCAUCUGUAGGAGCUUUUCUUUCAGUUGUCCUUUUCAUUGUUUUAGCCUUAUAUGGAAUACGACCUGCGGUAUUAUGGGCAAUCAGGAAAACACCUGAAGGGGAGCCAGUUAAAGAGAGGUAUAUUGUUGGUGUUCUUUUGGCACUUCUAGGAUGUGGUUUUAUAGGCGAAGUUAUUGGGAUUAGCGCAGUUAUAGCUUCCUUCAUUGUUGGACUUGUCAUACCUGAUGGACCACCUUUAGGAGCUGCUUUAUCAGAAAAGCUGGAUUCUUUCGUAUCUGUGCUUUUGAUGCCCAUCUUCUUCGCCAUAUGCGGUCUACAAAUGGAUGUUUUUGCUAUUCAGAAGUUGAAGAAUGUAGGCAUUAUUCAGUUGGUCGUAUUUGUUGCCUUCAUUGGGAAGGUCGUUGGGACGAUUGCACCCCCAUUGUUUUACAGGAUGCCAUUUCGAGAUGCCCUUUCUCUUGGUCUUAUCAUGAAUGCAAAAGGCCUCAUUGAAUUGGCAUUAUUGAAUCACAAAAUGAAAGACAGCGGGAUGUCUGAUGAAGGGUUUGCGAUAAUGAUCAUAUCAGUGGUGUUCAUGACAGGAGUAUUGUCGCCUGUUGUAAAGAUGCUAUAUGAUCCAUCAAGAAGAUAUGUGGCUUUUAAGAGGAGGACCAUAAGACACAAUAAACGAGAUGAGGAGCUACGCAUUUUGGCAUGUGUACAUAGUGCAGACAAUGUAAGGGAAGUUAUGAGUGUGGUGCAUGUUUCCCAUCCAACCAAAGCAAGUCCUAUUAACUUAACUGUCAUGCAUCUAACAAGGCUAAUAGGGCGGUCUUCUUCCCUACUUGUUGCACAUCAACCGCGAGAAACAUAUUCUGUUUACCCAACCCAAUCAGAGAGGAUUUUUAAUGCAUUCCACAAGUUAGAGCAACAAUACCAAGGCCUAUUCACGGUGCAAUGCUUCAAGGGUAUAUCCCCAUUUGCAUCUAUGCACAAUGAUGUGUGCUCUAUCGCCUUAGAAAAGAGGACUUCGUUUAUCAUAAUUCCUUUCCAAAGACAGUGUAGUGAUAAAGAGAUUUUAGAACAGUCUUUUGUUUACAGGAACCUUAACAAGAAAGUUCUUGACAAGGCUCCUUGUUCUGUUGGUGUCCUUGUUGACCAUGGAGGAUCACACAAGAAAAAGAAAAUACGACCAUCAACAUCAAAGCCCGGACUAUAUAGCGUGGCAGUCUUCUUUUUCGGGGGCCAUGAUGACCGAGAAGCGUUAGCAUAUGGCAUGAGAAUGUCAGAGAAUCCAAGAGUAAACCUAACCCUUAAAAAAAUAUCAGGCACUUGUACUUCUUCUCAAGACAUGUCUGACAAUGAGAAAAGCAAGUUGUUAGAUGGAGAUAUUCUCAGUGAAUUUAGUCUCAACACCUUGCACAAAGAAGAUAGAAUAUUUUAUCAAGAGAUGGUAUUGAAUGAUGCCACGUCUUUGAUAACUCUGAUCAAAUCUAUGGAGAAUUAUGAUUACGACUUGAUUUUGGUAGGAAGACGUCAUAAGAACUCACAGUUAAUGACUGAACUUACACAACUGACUGACUAUUCCGGAGAGUUGGGACCGGUCGGAGAAAUGCUCACUUUGAAUAACAAAAUCAAAGCUUCAAUUUUGGUGGUGCAACAACAAACUAGAGUUUGGGGUCUACAUGACCCUGAGGAGUCCACACAUCUUAGAAGAAUUGAAUUGUAGGUCUUUCCCCCUCUUUGUAUGUAUAAAAUUUUGUUAGAAAACAUCUUGUAUUCAAUCAUUAUACACUUAAAGUUUGUAAAUACUUGAAGUUUUUCGUAAUUUUGUAAAUCGUAGAAAAACCUUUUAGUUA